AUGAAGAGUCUGGGAGUGCAAGGCGUCGCCGGCCUGGUGGCCAUGGCUCGUAUAGCUGUGGGUCAAUUCGUCUCAUUGCCAAGCGGUUGCUAUCUUGAGGAAGCGAUAGUAGUCGACGGGACUACAAUCUCCCGCAUGACAAUUCCGACGUUCACUGACUCUUCUACGUCCUCCGGAAUCGCCGCGAGCUCGUCCGACCGCACAAUCGAUCAGGAGCCAACAGGCGGGAUGACAUCUGCAAGCACCUUCUUUGGCUCGAUGUCAUCCGUCGUGCCAGUGUCAACGCCAAGGGAUGGCUCGGGUGGUGGGAGCUCAUCUGCCGCAGGUCCCUCGACCGUCACUAUGCCCAGCAUCAGCAGCGAUACAAUCCCUUCGACAACCGUCGCCUCACCCAGCUCCGUCACAGCGAGUGCCUCCUCGACUCCAGAUCUGCAAGCUGGAGAUCCCUUCUAUAUCACAGUGAACACACCGGAUAAGAGAAAGCGAGCAUUGCUGUAUGUUGGCUUUGACGAGCAAGGGUCCAGUAUACUGGUUGCAGAUAGAAAUAUCGCUGCCGUUUUCGUCAUCGACCAGUCUGGAAAUCUGCGCACCGGCGUCUUCUUCAUCGCAUCCAGUACGACCGCGGAUGGCUACGCAGCUCUAAAGCUGACGCCUGAUCCGCCUGAAAAUCCCACUGGGCCACGCGAAUCCUGCGUUGUGAGUGACGGUGGUAAUUACACGCGCACCAUUCUCAAACCUCUCGCUACCGCGCCUUGCGCACUUCCGUUGAAGGGUAAGCGUGGGCUUCCGUACGGCCAGGUCUCCACUCUUCAAUACUACAAGACGCCCACCCAGGUCUCCUGGGCAUACGACUACACCUAUCGGGUGAAUGACAGCAACAAUGUCGGGCCCUUUCCACCCCGCCCUGACCUACCUCUGCGCUACUAUCCCUUGGUUUUCAACGACAAGAUCAAUCUUACGAACUGGGUUAUUGGCGUCGCAGAUAGCGUAGAAAAAUACAACACCGACGCGAUCUUCAGCUUCAAUGAGCCCGACCUCAACGGCGACUCGAACUCGGCAAACAUGAAUGUUGCCAGGCGAUCGCUGGUUGGGCGAAGCAACAGUCUCACCUGGCUGAGUGAGUUCAUGGGCAAUGCCACACAGCGCAAUUUCACCAUUAGCGCUCUCAACAUGCACCACUACAGCUAUCCUUACCUGCCCGGUGGACUGGAAGUCUUCAAGAAUUAUACAAUGGCUGUGCACGCGAUCAGUCCCGGUCUGCCGGUCUGGGUGACGGAAUUCGGAAUUGAUGGCGGCAAUUUGAAUGCUCCUGAACAGGUCGUCUUGGACUACUUGAAUGCGACGUUGGACUAUGCAGAUGCCACGGAUUGGAUUCCAAAGAUCGCGUGGUUCGGGAAUUAUCCGAAUAAUUUGCUGAAUGCGAGUGGGACUGGGCUGAGCGCAAGGGGCCAGUUGUAUUCGACGCAUACGCCGGGACUGAAAUGA